CUCCGUGGUUUGGGUUUGUGCGUGGUGGUAGUGACUGCCACGUGUGUGACGGCCGCAGUGGGUCCUCGGAAGCCUGCUGACAACGAGUAUACAGCAGGCAGCAGUGGCGACGGCAGCGGCGAGGGCUUGACAGCGUUUGGUGCCUCGCUCCUGCAAGAGUUGCACACCCUCACCGAUCUGGUGCUGAGCAUAAAGAAUCAGGAAACUGUGUUACCGCCGCCGUCUCCGCCAGUUGUCCAAGACUGCUCCACCCUGCGGCAGGCGGGUGUCAAGGGCAGCGGCGUGUAUCGAGUGUUCCCGUUCACCUUCACGGUGUACUGCGACAUGGUGACGGACGGCGGGGGCUGGACAGUCAUACAACGAAGACUGCCGCAGAAGGAACAGGAAAAUUUUUCGCGGGCUUGGAGUUCUUACAAGGAGGGCUUCGGACAACUGGAGGGCGAGAUGUGGCUGGGCCUGGAGGCAAUGCACCAGCUGACGCACUCCGGCCAUUACGAGCUGCGGGUGGACAUGGUCGACUACGAGCUGGGGCCCAAAUACGCCAAGUACAAGGAGUUCCGCGUGGGCCCGCAGAAAGACGGUUACCGCCUGUUCAUCGCCAACUACUCUGGCAAUGCAGGCGAUGCACUCUCCUACUUCCACUCUGGACGCCGAUUUUCGACGCUUGACCGUGACCAGGACCUGGCUCGAAACAAAAGCUGUGCCCAGGAUAAGGAAGGAGGCUGGUGGUUUCACGCCUGCUACUCGGCGCACCCCAACGGCCGCUUCCCCACCAUCCUCACCAGACUGACUGACGGCAAGGAGAUCCGCUGGUGGGCAUCCCGGGAACACGUGCUCGUCCUCACCCAUUUCGAAAUGAAAAUCCGUCAGAGGAGAAAAGACCACGACUCUGUGGUGGUGACGCCCGCAAACAAGGACGACCACGAGUCUUCUCUGGCAGAGAGCACCGAGGACAUGGCUGACGAUUAUCUCGUGCAAGGGGACGCUGCGAGAGAAUCAGAGGACAAGGUUUUCGAUUACUCUGGGCACGAGGGCCGCUCGGACAUUCUCCCCUGGGGACUUCAGGCAAUAAACUGAAAUAAUGUACAUGGCAAACUUGAGCAUGAACAUUCGUAGAUCCCUGUGCACCGUGUGCGACUGAUAUAACAGGACGUCUACGGUGCUAAUGUUUUGUAUGCUUAUAAAUACCAAGUAUUGAUUGAUUGAUAGUUUAUUGUUGCAAGUAAAACAACAAAGGAGAAGGGAGGAGCAUGCCAUCCCAACCCCCAGGCAGUACAGAGUGUGAUUAUACAACUAAGGAUACAUGUGUAAGUAGCACCAGGAAACUAAAAAGAUACAAUGGUAGGGGACAAGUGCUAAAAAAAUAAAGGCCUUGAUUUAGUCAUGGGAGCAAACAUAAGGGACUGUACAUUUGGACUACAAUCUAGGGCCAAAUGCAGGAUACUCACUAAGCACAGCUGAAAGAACAUUAUUGUUACCAAGUAAAUGCACACGUGGAAAGUGUGCUACUCUACCAGCCCAGAGCAGUGGAGAGGCUGAUUCAUUGCUGCAAGAUUCGUAGUGUACUUUUGUUGCAAUAGUAUAAUAAAUAACAAUAACACCAACACCAACAACGAUAAUAAUAGUAGUAGUAGUAAAAGUAUUAAAAGUAGCAGCAAUAAUAAUAAUAAUAAUAAUAAUAAUAAUAAUAAUAAUAAUAAUAAUAAUAAUAAUAAUAAUAAUAAUAUAAAUAAUAAGCAAUUCUUUACGUAAUGUAUUUACCAACGUUGUCAUCUCAAUAAACAUAUACAAUUACAAUAAGAUCUACGUAUCAUCAAUAUAACAUGCCAGAGAGAGAGAGAGAGAGAGAGAGAGAGAGAGAGAGAGAGAGAGAGAGAGAGAGAGAGAGAGAGAGAGAGAGAGAAAAA